AUGCGUUGUUUUCUCUGUCCCUCUUGCCUUCAAUCUCCUAAACCUUGUUCCGCUAUCCAUUUACUCAAUCUCUCUAGGUUAUGCGUUGUUUUCCUCUGUCCCUCUUGCCUUCAAUCUCCUAAACCUUGUUCCGCUAUCCAUUUACUCAAUCUCUCUAGGUUAUGCGUUGUUUUCCUCUGUCCCUCUUGCCUUCAAUCUCCUAAACCUUGUUCCGCUAUCCAUUUACUCAAUCUCUCUAGGUUAUGCGUUGUUUUCCUCUGUCCCUCUUGCCUUCAAUCUCCUAAACCUUGUUCCGCUAUCCAUUUACUCAAUCUCUCUAGGUUAUGCGUUGUUUUCCUCUGUCCCUCUUGCCUUCAAUCUCCUAAACCUUGUUCCGCUAUCCAUUUACUCAAUCUCUCUAGGUUAUGCGUUGUUUUCCUCUGUCCCUCUUGCCUUCAAUCUCCUAAACCUUGUUCCGCUAUCCAUUUACUCAAUCUCUCUAGGUUAUGCGUUGUUUUCCUCUGUCCCUCUUGCCUUCAAUCUCCUAAACCUUGUUCCGCCAUCCAUUUACUCAAUCUCUCUAGGUUAUGCGUUGUUUUCCUCUGUCCCUCUUGCCUUCAAUCUCCUAAACCUUGUUCCGCCAUCCAUUUACUCAAUCUCUCUAGGUUAUGCGUUGUUUUCCUCUGUCCCUCUUGCCUUCAAUCUCCUAAACCUUGUUCCGCUAUCCAUUUACUCAAUCUCUCUAGGUUAUGCGUUGUUUUCCUCUGUCCCUCUUGCCUUCAAUCUCCUAAACCUUGUUCCGCUAUCCAUUUACUCAAUCUCUCUAGGUUAUGCGUUGUUUUCCUCUGUCCCUCUUGCCUUCAAUCUCCUAAACCUUGUUCCGCUAUCCAUUUACUCAAUCUCUCUAGGUUAUGCGUUGUUUUCCUCUGUCCCUCUUGCCUUCAAUCUCCUAAACCUUGUUUCGCUAUCCAUUUACUCAAUCUCUCUAGGUUAUGCGUUGUUUUCCUCUGUCCCUCUUGCCUUCAAUCUCCUAAACCUUGUUCCGCUAUCCAUUUACUCAAUCUCUCUAGGUUAUGCGUUGUUUUCCUCUGUCCCUCUUGCCUUCAAUCUCCUAAACCUUGUUCCGCUAUCCAUUUACUCAAUCUCUCUAGGUUAUGCGUUGUUUUCCUCUGUCCCUCUUGCCUUCAAUCUCCUAAACCUUGUUUCGCUAUCCAUUUACUCAAUCUCUCUAGGUUAUGCGUUGUUUUCCUCUGUCCCUCUUGCCUUCAAUCUCCUAAACCUUGUUCCGCUAUCCAUUUACUCAAUCUCUCUAGGUUAUGCGUUGUUUUCCUCUGUCCCUCUUGCCUUCAAUCUCCUAAACCUUGUUCCGCUAUCCAUUUACUCAAUCUCUCUAGGUUAUGCGUUGUUUUCCUCUGUCCCUCUUGCCUUCAAUCUCCUAAACCUUGUUCCGCUAUCCAUUUACUCAAUCUCUCUAGGUUAUGCGUUGUUUUCCUCUGUCCCUCUUGCCUUCAAUCUCCUAAACCUUGUUCCGCUAUCCAUUUACUCAAUCUCUCUAGGUUAUGCGUUGUUUUCCUCUGUCCCUCUUGCCUUCAAUCUCCUAAACCUUGUUCCGCCAUCCAUUUACUCAAUCUCUCUAGGUUAUGCGUUGUUUUCCUCUGUCCCUCUUGCCUUCAAUCUCCUAAACCUUGUUCCGCUAUCCAUUUACUCAAUCUCUCUAGGUUAUGCGUUGUUUUCCUCUGUCCCUCUUGCCUUCAAUCUCCUAAACCUUGUUCCGCUAUCCAUUUACUCAAUCUCUCUAGGUUAUGCGUUGUUUUCCUCUGUCCCUCUUGCCUUCAAUCUCCUAAACCUUGUUCCGCUAUCCAUUUACUCAAUCUCUCUAGGUUAUGCGUUGUUUUCCUCUGUCCCUCUUGCCUUCAAUCUCCUAAACCUUGUUUCGCUAUCCAUUUACUCAAUCUCUCUAGGUUAUGCGUUGUUUUCCUCUGUCCCUCUUGCCUUCAAUCUCCUAAACCUUGUUUCGCUAUCCAUUUACUCAAUCUCUCUAGGUUAUGCGUUGUUUUCCUCUGUCCCUCUUGCCUUCAAUCUCCUAAACCUUGUUUCGCUAUCCAUUUACUCAAUCUCUCUAGGUUAUGCGUUGUUUUCCUCUGUCCCUCUUGCCUUCAAUCUCCUAAACCUUGUUCCGCUAUCCAUUUACUCAAUCUCUCUAGGUUAUGCGUUGUUUUCCUCUGUCCCUCUUGCCUUCAAUCUCCUAAACCUUGUUUCGCUAUCCAUUUACUCAAUCUCUCUAGGUUAUGCGUUGUUUUCCUCUGUCCCUCUUGCCUUCAAUCUCCUAAACCUUGUUCCGCUAUCCAUUUACUCAUCCAUUUACUGUCCUCUUGCCUUCAAUCUCUCUUGUUUCGCUAUCCAUUUACUCAAUCUCUAGGUAGGUUAUGCGUUGUUUUCCUCUGUCCCUCUUGCCUUCAAUCUCCUAAACCUUGUUUCGCUAUCCAUUUACUCAAUCUCUCUAGGUUAUGCGUUGUUUUCCUCUGUCCCUCUUGCCUUCAAUCUCCUAAACCUUGUUUCGCUAUCCAUUUACUCAAUCUCUCUAGCCCUAUCUAUCUAGCUAUCUAUCUAUCUAUCUAUCUAUCUAAUCCUGUUCAAUAUCUAUCUAUCUAUCUAUAUUUAUAUAAUGUUUUCUUCUUCAAAACACGCCAUAUCUAUCUAUCUAUCUAUCUAUCUAUCUAUCUAUCUAUCUAUCUAUCUAUCUAA